AUUUAUAUAAUAGAAUAGUUGAAUUAUAAUCCGCUAGAUGUAAUUAGUAAAACAUUUAUGAAAUUCACUUGUCUUUCAAAUUUUUAACCUGUAAAUACAAUAAAUAACACGUGUUUACAAUGGCGAAAUUUUGUUUAAAAAAGAAAUCAAAAAGACAGCCGGCACGAUUGCGGUAUAAAAUCGAAAAAAAAGUUCGAGAACAUGGUCGUAAAGUACGGAAAGAGGCAAAGAAAAAUCCAAACAAAACAAAAAAAUCGAAAUUAAUUCAAAUACCUAAUAUAUGCCCAUUUAAAGAAGAUAUUCUUAAAGAAGUUGAAGCAUUAAAAAAGAAGAAUGAAGAAGAAAAACAAAAACGACGUGAGCAAGCUCGUCUUGAACGACAACAAAAUACGAAAAAAACACCAACUCGAAAUUUAGAAUCUUUGAUUCAAAAUGCUGAAACUAGGAAUAAAAUUCACGAUGCCUUAACGCCAACCAAUAUUGAAUCAGAUACCAUGAAAUAUAACGGUAACGCUAAAAAGCAAGAAAAUUCACUUCGUACAUUUUAUAAAGAAUUUAAGAAAGUUGUUGAAAAUGCUGAUGUUGUGUUGGAGGUAUUAGACGCCAGAGACCCUCUAGGGUCUAGGUGUUCCCAAGUUGAAGAAGCUGUCCAUCAAUCAGGUGGUAAUAAACGAGUUGUUUUAAUAUUGAACAAAGCUGAUUUAAUUCCACGUGAAAUUCUUGAUAAAUGGAUUAAAUAUUUACGUAAACAGUUACCAACAAUCGCAUUUAAAGCAUCGACACAACAACAAACUCGAAAACUAGGUAGAAAGAAAAUGUCUCACAUGAAAACUGCUGAAGCAAUGCAAAAUUCCACAUGCGUAGGUGCCGAAUUAUUAAUGUCAGUUUUAGGAAAUUACUGUCGUAAUAAAGGCAUUAAAACAUCGAUUCGUGUAGGUGUAGUAGGCCUGCCAAACGUUGGUAAAAGUUCAAUAAUUAAUAGUUUAAAACGGUCACGAGCUUGUAAUGUAGGUUCAACUCCAGGUGUAACAAAAGCUAUGCAAGAAGUACAAUUAGAUUCAAAAAUCAAACUUUUGGAUUCACCAGGUGUAGUGUUCGCAUCCAACAAUUCUUCAACUGACAACAGUGCCGCCUUAAAAAAUGCAAUGCGCAUUGAAAGUUUAAAAGAUCCAAUAACACCUGCCACAGCUAUUUUACAAAGAGCAAAUAAGAAAUUGAUGAUGGAAUUGUAUGAUAUUGUUGACUAUUCAACGCCACAAGAAUUUUUCAGUUUAAAAGCGGCCCGAAUGGGUAAAUUUAAAAAGGGUGGAAUUCCAGAUAGUGAAAUGGCUGCACGAAGUUUACUAGAUGAUUGGAAUCGUGGUAAAAUUAAGUAUUACACAUUACCACCAGAAGAACCGUCUGAAAAUGUACAUAUUAGUUCAAAAAUUGUAUCUGAAAUUGCUAAAGAAUUCGAUUUAGAUAAUUUUGAACAAAUGGAAACGGAUACGUUGAAUACUUUAGAAGAAGAACAUAAGAAACAAGAAUCAAUUUUAAUUGAUGGGCCCAAUGUUGAAACUAUGGAUGAAGAUAAUGAAAUGGACGAAAAUAAUUUGUUAACUGAAAAUAUUGUAACAGAACAAAUAGAGAAAAAAACAAAAAAAGGUAAGAAAAAAGAACCAAGAAAGAAGAAAAUUGAUCCUGUAAUGGAAUUAGCUGGAAAUCAAAAAUUAAAUGCUGUGAAAAAAACGCAAUUCAAAAAAUUCAAGAAAGAUCGUAAUCGCCGUGAUAAAGUGGCCACAAUUUUAUCGAAAGGUUUAGAAUCAUUUUCAAUAAGUACCAGUAAUGAUAAUUAUGAUUUUAAAACUGACUUCCAAUAAAGAAA